AUGGAGGCAAGUCUUAAGCAUUGCUUGGUUUGUAUAAUAAUGGAAAUAUUUCCAUCAUUUAUGAUAAGACAUUGAGGUCAGAGUGGGUUUAAUCUCUCUCUUUCUCUCUGUGUAGACAAAAGGACAGACGGCUGGCCUCUGGUCUACUCUCCUGUGCCUGUGGGUUGUAUUUUUCUCUGCUACCUGUUCAUCAUCUGGGUGGGACCAAAGCUGAUGGCCAAAAGACAGCCAGUCAACCUCAAACCUGUGCUGAUAGUUUACAACCUUGCCAUGGUCUGCCUGUCUGCAUACAUGUUCUAUGAGGUAAAACUGUGCACGGAAACAUCCCUUUAGGGUGAACAGGCUUAAUUUGCCUCACUUUUUUAUUGUGUAGAGGUCUUGUGGUAAAGUGUGAGUGAUAAACUCUCAAUAAAACAGAAGACAAAGAGAAUGAUAGCUGUGAAAAAUAAAGUAUCUUAUGAUUAAUAACUCUUUGGGAAAAGUAAGUUUUUGAAUUCACUGAAAAGAGGAUUGAUGAAUUUGAGGCACAACUGACUGGGCUGGUGAGCGGUGCAGUCCCUGAUGACAGAGAGGCUGACAGCCUGCCUCUGGUAGGUUCACUGAAAGUUUGGUUCAGUCAGCAUUUCAAACAUGGCAACAAAAAGGUGUCAACACUCCACCAACAAAUGGGAGCCCUCACAAUGACUGGGUCCAUGUAUUAUUCAGUCUAUGGGCUAUGAAACAGUUUUUGAUAUUUUUGCCUCUGAGUUUAUGUAACUUUAAGCAACGAAACCCUCAACAUGACUUACACAGCAAUGCCUACAGAGUUUUUUAUUUAAGCUCAGUCUCACCCUUUAACAGCCGACACACUGGGCUUUGAUAAGGUUAAAGCUGUCAUACGGUGCUCUAAAUCUGCAUCAACUUUGGCGCCCCCUGUGGAUGAAGCAGUCUUCGCAUAUUUUGUACUCUGCUAAGUCAAGUAAGUGUUUAUAUAGUUUUUUACAUACUACGAGGACUAUUGGUUGUCAUUAUGCAACAUAACAAUAAGAUGCAGUCUGUAGCUGUGUUAACCACUAAUUUCCUGUGUUUUAGAAAGGUCCAAAAAAAAAUCUAUAUCCUUUGUCUGAAUGUAUCUGGACUUUUAAGACAAAUGCAAACACAUAAGACCAACUGAAAUCACACUGAGCUGACCUGAACUUCUCAUAGUUAGACUAAUUUAUCUAGGUAAAGCAUGUAGAUUGAUAUUCUCUCAUGUAUAAUCUAGUUGGACUAGCCCAGGGGUCGGCAACCUUAAACACUCAAAGAGCCACUUGGACCAGUUUCCCACAGAAAAGAAAACACAGGGAGCCACAAAACCUCUUUGACAUCUAAAAUGAAGAUAACAUUGCAUAUAUCUUUUUUUUUUUACCUUUAUACAAAGUAUAUAAAAAACUGUAGCGAGUUGCAUUUAUGAAAUAAAUGAACUAUUUCGGCGAGUGUCUGUCUUCUUCUGUAGUUAAACCGCAAGAUAUCAAAAUCUACCCGGAUACAGCAAUGCUGCUUUUUGAUUGGCUGUUCAGUAGAUAUACUUUAUUUGAUUGGCUUGUGCGUGGCACGCAGCUUCUGAACUCUCGGAGAAACUCAGUUGAUUUCCCCCUGUUCCGUAGUUGAAGAAGCGCAACUUGGUGGACACCACCGUGUUCAUUUAAAUGUGUGAGAAAUACAAUGUGUGGUGUGUGAGCGUGUGAACGAGUGGGAAUGCGUGUGUCAUACGCUGAAUGCGUGAGACUUGAGAGCCCUGUGCUCACGCAUCAUCGAUGUACUCCCGAGCCAUGCAAAACGGUCUUUGCAAAUGUUGCACUGAACGCCUUCCUUUUCAGUCUUGGUAAAGUUUUCCCACACCACUGAUGUUUUAGGUCGGGAUUUGGGUUGGGUUGUGUCCAUGUUUUUCUCAGCCGCUGCCUCGGCCAUGGCUGUUUCUUUUCUGUGCGUCCUGCUGAUGUUUACACGCCGGUGUCCAUGGACAUAUAUAAAGACCCGACGAAUCGAUUACAGAAUUUGUUGGCAACGGAUUUUUUCGUCACGACGAAUCUACUUAAUCGAUUCGUUGUUGCAGCCUUAAUAGUUUAUUUAAUGUUACAAGAGCAUUAUAAUCUUUGAAUUUAGAAUUACAAAAUAAUAAUAAUAAAAUAAAAUAAAAUGCAAUUAAGUAUUUAUUAUUUAUUUUCCAAAUCCAUUGGGAGCCGCAGCUUAGGGAAGAAAGAGCCGCAUGCUUCUCCAGAGCCGCGGGUUGCCGACCCCUGGACUAGCCUUAGCAUUCUGCAUAUGGUCUAGAGUUCACAUGAUGGGCUUUGAUCGAGAAGUUGAGUAGUAUUAACUCAGGAAUCUGGGUAGUGAACUACAACUUGACAGAAGAAGAAAGGAAGCAAAAAAGACAAAGCUGUCAUGUCGUGUACAAGAAGGUACAGAGCUGUAAAAUUUAUGUAUUUAUCCUUUCACAUACACUCUGUUAGCCACUUGCUUCGCCUCUUCUACAUGAUGUAAUAAGUCAGAGACAUCCCAGUAUUAAUAAGCUACCAUCUGAGGUGGACAUGCUUCUGUUGAUAGUAUGAUUCUUGCCCAGUGCUUGUGCACUGGGGCAAGGACAGUAGUCCACUGAAAUCACCUACUAGAGCUUUAACUGUAGUUUGACUUGACUGUGCAUGUAAAUGUGCUGACAGCUGUUUCCAAGUCCCACUCAACAGCAGCAGCUUUCUGGGUUUGUGCAGAUGGGUUUACAGUUGACACACCUACACACCUUACAUCUCUCUGCUCUGCUCUGCUCUCCAGCAGUUAAUCCCCUCUCUCUGUUGCGUUUUAUUUUUCCUCGCUGUACAUGAAAGAAAAGGUGUGCCAUCGUUCUUGUCAAAAUCGCUCAUUUUCAGUUUUGGUUGUCUCUCUGUUCAGCACACUGAUCAGCUGCAGGAUGAGGAACACAAGAGUGGUGCAUUUGAAAACAGCAGAAAAACAAAGUGGCUUUUUGACAGAAGAUUUCUAAGCAUGCGCUAACACUGAAAUUCAUGUUUUUAUCGUGGCUUCUUAAAAUGACCAGAUCAAUGUGAAAAAAUUGAUCCUUUCAACAGCAACUGAUAGCCUAGCUUUCUUGUUGGUUCUACCCCCAAGCUGAUUAAGCUGAAAUUUGCUGGAUAAAGCACUUACUAUUAACAAGGACCACAUAAAACCAAAUUAAAAACAACCAAACCAUACGUUUGUUUUUGUGGUGCUAUUAUAAAAAACAGAAAAAAAAGACUGAACUUUAAAGUCUUACUUUUUUUUUCAAGGCAGCAACUAUCUUCAUUUUUUUUUUCUUUACAGUAGAUCAAGUGACACUGAGAAAUGUUUAUUUGUUUGUUCAACACUCACAGUAAAAUAACAGCCAACACUGCAGCUCAUGACGGGUCUGCAGAACUCUAAUUUAUAGCUCUGUACGUUGUUUGCACCCUACUGUCGAUUUAAGGUGUCACUUUGUUGCUGUUUUUGUUGACAGCUUGAUUCUGCCAUCAAGGAAAACUGUUUCUGCAGGUGUUAAAAUCCUCCUCAGAUGUAAACUUCAAUGAUACUGCAAUGAUUUUAUCAAUCACAGCAACUCAGUGGGCUCUAUUUUGGUGCUUCGCCGGAGAUCUGCCGCAAGCGCAGCGUCAAUCAGAUCCGCCGCGCUGACAAGGCGUUCCCAAGCACAUUUUGGUAUUUUGGUGAGCCGCGCAGCCCGGUGUAAGUAUCCCCCCUCCCUAACUCAGCUCCUCCCGGCAGCAUAAAUCAUAGAAGGGGAGGCGAGAGGGCGUAUAGGGGUUUAACACAGCCGAGACCUGUUUUCACCAAUCACAUUAGCUCCUCUCCUCGCCUUUAAAUCCGCCACAGGCGAGGCGUAUUACUAUUUUCAUGAAGUAGUCAAAGAGAUCAAGAGAUGUCUGAAGACAGUUAUGCCACACGAUGGCGACAGAGGGCAGCUGCUCAACAAGUGUCCUCCACACUCUCUCAUCUGAGCACAGAUGGAUUUGGUGUGCGUAAUGUUGGACCCACUGGUAAGACAAACACCCUUUUCCACAAAUAAAGACACUCACAUAAAGUUGCAUAUAUUCAAACCUCACGUGACAAAGGUGGGUUGUGCGCACAGAUCACAACAUAAACUCCAAAAAGGCAUUAAAAUCGGAACCAUCUGUGCGUAAAUGACGCAUCGCGCUCCGUGGCCUGGCUCUUUCUUUCAUAGAUGUUGGCAUAUAAAAUAAAUUUGGCUCACAAAACUGAAUAUUAUAAUAUCCGUAUGUCGGCUUAAAGUAGAUAACGCAUCUGAGCACUGAAACAAAUCAUCUGUUCAGCUGCAGCAGCAGCAAGACGGACAGAGGACACGGAGACGUGUCCAGGUCGAGCUGUGCGAGAAAUAAGAGGAAGAGGAAGAAAGAAAAGGAGGGAGACGAAUUACAUAUCUUGUUAACUUCAUCAUGUGUGUAUAUUUACUAGAUAUUUAAUUUAAUUUGAUGCGGUUUCAGCUGUGUUGAUUCGGUCAGGUUGUGUGUCCAAACGCGUGCCAAACGCGCUCAUCAGAUCAGAUAUAGAUCAGAAUAUAUCGAUAUAGAUCUAAAUAUAUGUGCUGACUCAGAUUAAUAGUUGAUGAUGAUUAUUUAUUGCACUGAAAUGUGCCUGACACUGUGGAAACCUGCCGGUGAGGCAUCAGUGACGUAUGUCGAUACGCCGCCAGUCUACCAAAAUACUACAAGACCAGCUGCGUUCCGCCUUGCGCUGAAAGCUGACCAGGUUUGAAUCGGCGAGCUUUCAGCGCACUUUACACGCCGUUGGCGAGCACGAAAAUGUCACUGCGCCAGCUGAUUCUGUCGACACCUCCCCCUGCCACACCACCACGCCCAGCUUGGCGGAUCUCGGCUCGCCUCCGUGCGGCUUAUGCCACGAAAAUACCAAAUUGGCCUUACGCUGGGCUCCGCCAGACGAAAAUACAACUGCGCGGGGCUCGCCGCCCUCCGCCGCCUCACCGGCGCGAACGAAAAUAGAGCCCAGUGUGUAAGAAAGUGGGAUGACUAAAAAAAACAAAGUUGAGAUAAAAGCUACUUCUCUCUUUUCAGUUUACAGCCUCUUCCUGGUUGGCCAAAUACAGCCUGCUGUGCCAGCCUGUAGACUACAGCGACAGCCCGCUGGCCAUGAGGGUAAUGCUUUCAAUUUAUCAAAGUAAUAUUUAAUGCCAUUUUUUUUUAAUCAAGCCUUGCUCUGAAAUAAGUUUAAAGCAUACAAAGACUUUGGUGAAAUAAUCUUAAUCAAUGAAUUCUUAAAAUGGAAUUAACAAUAUGUCUAGAUGUAGGGGAGACCAGGUACGGUUGUAACACUUUUUGUUUUAGUUCCCAUAAAUCACUGAAUUUUUGAGCUGCAGCUGCAAAUUUUUUACACCAAGUACCCACGUUUAUUUACUACAAAUGGAGUCAAUUCGAACCUCUGCAGGAAUAUCACAGAUCUUGUGGGUUAACAUAACAUAAACAGCAUCCUUUACAACAACCUACCAUACUUCAGGGGUGAUUAUAACACAUGCAGGAGUUAGUGAUAACAAUUUGAUAGAACAAAUGCAAAAAAAAAAAAAAGAAGAAGAAAAAAGGGACUACACCGUGUAAUAGACUAACAAAGUAGUUUGUAAAUGAUUUUUCAGACAUAUGACAUAUUUUUUACCCUGUUUGGCAGAUGGCCAGAGUCUGCUGGUGGUUCUACUUCUCCAAAGUCAUAGAGCUCAGUGACACUGUGAGUGUGGACGGUGGGAUAUUAAAAUAUUUUUUCCAAAGUUUUCCAUUUGUUAUUCCAGAGUCAAAUUUUUUUUUAACUAAUCCCCAAAUAAAUUCGGAUCUAUAACUGUACAUACAAUAUCAGUAUACACCUUGCCUCAAGUUUAAACACAUACAGCUUCAAGUUCUUCAAGCAAACCAGCUUCUUGUUUCUCUAUGUUUUCAGAUAUUUUUCAUUCUGAGGAAGAAGAACAGUCAGCUGACCUUCCUCCACAUCUACCAUCACGCCACUAUGAUCUUCAACUGGUGGGCCGGGGUCAAAUAUGUAGCUGGUGGGCAGUGUGAGUGCACGCCAACAAGCUGAUCAAAUCUCACUAAACAGCCCUGAAAAGAAGACAAAUUACUCUAAAACUUCUCAGAGGAACGUUUGAUUUGAUGUCCUCUGUAAAUCAAGCAGUUUCUAGUUUUAUUACAUGAUGUUAUCUUGUACAUGUGUUUUCUAACAUUUUUUUUUUUUUUUUCAAAAGUACCACUCAACAUCAAAAACACAAUGUUUUUUUUUCAGUGUGUGCUGUCUCAUCUCUCCUUGUGAAUGUUUUAAAGCAUCUAAAACUACAUAGAAACCUGAUUUGCUGUUGUAGGUCAUGAAGAUGCAUUAAUAUGAAUUCUAUUACAUAGUGGCUCUAACCAUGUUUAUCUAAAAAAAAGAAAUGGUUUGAAAGAUCUCGCCUUGUGUGUCUGCCUUCAGCUUUCCUGAUUGGUCAGAUUAACUCCUUGGUCCAUGUGGUGAUGUAUCUGUACUACGGUCUGGCAGCGUUAGGGCCCGCUAUGAUGAAAUACCUCUGGUGGAAACGCUACCUCACAACGCUGCAGCUGGUCAGUUUCUCUGUGUUUACACUUCAUAUUUACCUGUAUUUGUGUCUGUUUCAUUAACUGGGUGAAGCCUCCAUGAGAAUAGCACCCUCUGGUGACAGGCUGCAGUAUAGGUCAAAAAUCCGGCCUCCUCCGGCAAUCCCUAUGGAGCUGUGGACAAAGUUACGCAGAAUAUUUUUUUUCCCCUCUUGUUGCAAUGUUGACAUGUAGUUACUGAAAGACUGGUUUGCGCUCAAGUCCUCUUUUUUUCUCUGCAGCUCCAUUUUUAAAAGUUAUUAGGGGGUUCAUGGUUUUUUUUUAAUGAUUGACACUUUAUAUAGCCUAUGAAGAUUGUGUACAUCAUCUAGAGAUGGAAGGCGGAGCCAAGUUGUCCAUCGAAUAUACAGUCCAUGGUUCAGACACUGGGAUGAAGAAACUGCUCUCAUGAGUAUAUCUAUAAAAGGCUGUGUAGCAUUGUGUUUUUACUUACAUAACAUUUCAGUAUUCUGUGUAACAGUCAAAAUCCUGAUUUAAAAUAAUGUUGAUAAAAAUAAUGAAAACAACACAGAAAAUGAAGCUGCGUACUUACAGUAACACAAAUUAAUAAUAAAUCAUAUCUCAUCAAAGGACAGCAUUCAGUGAGUACAUGCAAAAAAAAAAGCACAAAGUAUAGCACAACAAGUGAGUUAAUUGAUUUUAUAUCAUAUAAUAUGUUUGAAAUAUGUUGGAAAAAAAGGAAAGAUUUUUGGUUACAAGCAAAACAUGGCCAACCAAACAACAAAGACAUACUUUUGUACUACAGAGAAUAGUUUUUUUUUGUCCAUAAACCCUCUGUUACAACUUGUACACAAUGCUUUUGACUUGAAAACAGACACAAAAAAAACUCAGAUGUUCCAGGCAAUGCAUGCCUCUUUCUUUUCCGUUUAUGAUGAAUAUACUAAUUAUGUUCUGUUUGUUGUCUCUGUAAUAAACUGCAUAAUGUGGCAACAAGCCAACAUUUCUGAAGGGAAAUCAAGGCAUAUGAACAGUAUGAACCUUUUAGCUAAUCCACUGUUAAUCACAACUGCUUGUCAGCCUAUCUGCGGUGGAAAGUAUGCACACCUAGCGUAAGGUUAGCGCCCAGCAUCUUUCACUCAAAGCCUUCAUGUCCACAAUCACUGAUAACUUUUCACCUUAAUAUAUUACAGACAUGUAAGUAAUAAAAAUCAGCCUGCUCUAAACAUUUUCAUAAAUGUGAAAAUGAUCUAAACUAGUUCUCAAAGGCUGAUAUAAAGGAAUUACAUGGACAGAAUGUUUUAAGAUGAACUUUAAAACAGGAGGCUGAAUGGAGACUGGCUCACUUUUGAAGACAGAUCCUGGUGGACACUUAGUGAACAGCAGUGUCUGAACUGUAGGCUAAUAAGAUGGGGCUUCCCUGGCUGUUCCUCUUCUGCUCUGCAAAUACGUGCAUACAACACUGCAAAAGUCACAUAUAUCAACAGAGCUGCCAAUUACGGUGCUAUACCAUCCAAAAAAACUCAUCUUCUUAAAAAAAAAAAAAAAAAAAAAAAGACACGUUAAUAUGCAUAAUAAAAUACUUGAGAAGACAUGUUAAAGAUAUUUUUCGUGGAAGGUACUGUAUAUUAUAAGUUUUACCCACCUGGUUCUAUUAAAGAGGCAGACCAACACUGCAGUCAGUCAGCAGACGGAGCAUUAAGUCUUUAUACUUUGUUUGUGGUGAGCAAUUUUUUAAACUAUGGGUGAGGACUCAUGGGGCAUCAAUAUGGCCAACUUCCUGGCUGGUGAACAUGUUACUGUUUGCAUAUGAACACACACCUAUGUAAAGCUAUUGUCUGUCAGAAUAUAUAUAUGCACAGGUAAGUUGAGCUGUGGUCAGUGGUGAUAUAACUGGACUGAACUGUCAUUGUCCCAGUUUAUAAGCACUGGGCAAGAAUCGAACAAAUAAUAGAGAUGUGUCUUCCUCUGCUACCUGCCUUCUUUCAACUCUUUCCUACUGGUUCAUCUACCGGCUGAUGUAUUACAUAUUAAAAGAGUCGGAAAAAACAUAAGAAGAGGGGAACAGGAUGUAGAUUAGUGAUGCAAACAUUGUCACUUCCACAGCUCUGUAUUGUUUAUCAGGAAAGUUUAAGCAUUUUCACAUUCUUGCCUCAUGUGUCAAGCUUUUGUUUACUACCUGGCUUCCUAGCAACGCACCCAUGCUGUUUGACCACUGACUCAGGGCCUGGUGUGCAAAAACUGGCGUAUGCGCAGAACACUUCAUUUCUUAAUUUCGAUUUCGCUGUAUAUGACAAAGAAAAUUGACCUCCAACAACAUUAACAGUGUAUGGUAAUCCGACGAUAAAAAGCUCAAUUCAGAUUUUUAAAAGUCCAGCUUCAGUGGGACCAGGCAGUAAAUUGAUUCUUUGAACCACAUGAAAUGUUCUUUGUAUUUUUCCCUCUUAAAUCAGUUUCCAUAUUUAUGAAUAAUCUCAAAAUGACAAAAAAAACUUGUUUUUGUUGUGUAAGUGUGAUCGUUUUUCUUCCUCCAUAAGGCCACCUGCUCAGCUCUUCAUUGUCUUCGUUGGCUGUUGUAAUAAUCAGUCGGCUUAGACGUGCUGAUGCUGCUCAGCUAACUAUUGGACCAUCUGUUUUCUUCUCUGUAGCGCUGAUAAAGAGACAAUACAUUUCCUAAGUUUAUUUUUCUCUGUAUGGCUUCAACAUAUAUAGGUCAGAGUGGUGACUGACUGCCAUUAUGUAACAAUAACAAAGUUGACCCCAGAGUUGACCCUCAAGCCUUCAUUAACAGUUGGCUUCACAGUUUGGUGAACUGAGGCUGAAAAAUGGAGUUAAUUGAGGACAUUGGUGAUUUCUUUGUGUGUUUAAGGAGGUUCUUUUGUGGUUUUGUAGAGGAAGUCAUACAUUUUCAUUGGAUGGGGAGAUGUUUGUGUGGAGUGGGAGACAUGGAAGCAGCGCUCAUUGUGUCCAUUCAUAACCAUUCAUAAUGCCUGCCUGCUAAAUACAAUAGUAAAGCUAAGCAUAUGGAUAUGAGCCAGACGACAAUAACCAAGGUGGAUUGUUAGUUACAUAUUGAACUGUUAUUAAAAUUGUCUCUCAGUUGCAGCCUAUAAACUUAAUUAGACAAACACCUAUAUGUCUGUCUGAAUGUACGAGCUGCUCUUGCAAGCAAAGUAGGAUACUUUUCUCAAGUUGUGAGUUUUUCAUGAGGUCUUUGCCUUCAAGGAUGCACAAGAGUUAACCUUAAAGGGAUAUUCUGGCAUAAAAUUAAGUUGGGGUCAAACACACCGUAACACCGAGUUAGACUUUACUUUUCUAGUUAUAUCAACUUUAGUAACGACCGCACAAUGGCAAUACACAGCUCUCAUUACUUCAUCAUUUCCUUGAAGUAAUAAUCAUCAUAUUAAUCAUUUUGCACUGCUGACGCAGUAGUUCUUCUGCCUUAGCAUCUUGGUCUGAUUGUAUUUCCAUAAGGAAAUGAUCAUAAAUGUUCUUCUUUGAGCUGUGUAACCCCACUGCAGUCUGUGAUGGACUAGUCCGAGGUCUCUGUACAAACAAUUGGCUGCUGGAGGACAGUGGGUGAGUUGUGUUAAGUCUCUUUGCCAAACAAACCAGGCAAAAAGAUGUUUGGUGGCCAGCACUAUGGCUUGGACCCUGUAUGUACUGUUGAUGAAGUUAGGUGCUGUUCUGAGCAUUAUUUGUGGCUAUUAAGUGGCUCUUUGGUUGGGUGCAUGGCUCCUAAGAUCGCUGUGUAUUGCUAUCAUGCGGCCGUUACUAAAGUUGGUAUAACUGGAGAAGCAAGCGGUCAACAACAUUCAUCUCUCGACAGGAUGUCUAACUCGGUGUUAUGGUGUGUUUGACUUGCACUUAAUUUAUCGCCGGAAUAUCCCUUUAAUGUUUAAACCUGUUGAAAGUUUUACAGUCUGCCUCCCCUCCUGCAGCACUGCAGAGUGUACCAUGAUCCAAGUCCUGUAAAAACUUCAGUCCAAACUAGUUAUAUCAGGAAAGAUCUGCUGAUUACUUAAGAUUUACAAAUGCUGUACAAUCUUGCUCAAGUUUUCCAUAAUCAUCUACAAAUGUAAGACUUCUGUGGUAAACAAUCUCCACAUUGAGUCUCCUUUUGAAGGGAAUUAAAGCUCACUUGGCUCAGCAAUAACUAGAUCUCUCAUCUUUCCACGUGUGUUUAGUAGUGUCAUUCAUGUGCAAGGGUUGGCUUUUAAAGCUAAAGUGAUUGCAACUAACUCACCACUACAUGCGCUCCACCUCAGUCUAUACUGUCUGCUGCUACAGUGCAACAUUGAUAGUUAAUGUCUAAUGUUUGUUUUUUACCUUGCCCUCUUAUUCCCCCUAUCUGUCUGUCUGUCUAUCAGCUCCAGUUUUUCAUCGUAACCGUCCACACCACCUACAACCUGUUUGCUGACUGUGACUUCCCUGAUUCCAUGAACGUGGUGGUGCUGGCCUACUCACUUAGCCUCAUCGCUCUCUUCAGCAACUUCUACUACCAAAGCUACCUCGCUAAAAAAGAUAAAGUGAGAGAGACAGACAAGGUGCAUUAA